GGCGCGGCGUCGCGGCGCGCUCUUGAUUCUCAGCUGAUAAUUCACGGCUUGACACCGCACCGCACCGGGCACCGGGCACCGCUAGCGUUGCUGCUCUCCGCGAGACCAUUCGUAACGACGUCUGCGUCUCCGCCGAAAGUGAAAUUAGUGCUGGACCACUACACCUGGCCCACUCCCGCUCGGUCGCGUAACGUAAUCGCCCGCCACUGCCGCUCUUCGCCCUGACUUGCUUUUUUAUUAUUAUUAUUUCGAAAAUGUCCCUCCGACCCGUAGCCGGACCCCGCCGACCCGGCCGCGUAGCCAUGAGCUGACAUCGCGCCCUUGUGUCCCUGUUUCUGUCAACACCCAUGAUUUUAAUGACUUUAAAUCGGAAUCCUUUGUGUUUCUUCGAACUUUUAAAAACCCGAUUUGUUUUUCUCUGAAGGGAUUCCAGCCUUCCUUCCCCCGGCGACCUCACAGUGUGAUUCGUGCUUUAAUUUUUGUAAAUCUGUCAUAUUUGUGGAAUUUCGUAGUUAUAUGUGAAUAUAAUUCAUCGUUGUUGCUACCUGCUCUGGAUUAAUUUGCUUUUAUUUGUCGGUCCUACUCAUUGUAAAUACAAACUUACCCAAGCACCAUGUCGUCUUCCGAAAACAACACUGUAGUUGAACAAAACGCUGUAGUUAAAUUUUGGAAUUUCGUUUUCUUUGACUUAGGAGAUAAAAGGACGAAUGAUUGGCCUCUCCUUGGCAGUCCAGUUCCCGGUCUCACAAUUUUAGGAUUAUAUUUAUACUUCUGUCUCUCCUUAGGACGAAAAUGGAUGGCCAACAGACCUCCUUUUAAAUUAACAAAAACUUUAAUAGCCUAUAAUUUUAUACAAGUUGUAGUCAGUGUGUGGAUCUUUUUCGAGGCGCUGGAUGCCGCCUGGCUGAGGGACUACAGCUGGAGAUGCGAGCCUGUGGACUUCUCAAGGACGCCGAAAGCCAUGCGAAUCGCGUGGGCCGUCUACAUGUACUUCCUAGCAAAGAUCUCCGAGCUCCUGGACACGAUAUUCUUCGUACUGAGGAAGAAAGAUAACCAAGUAUCUUUUCUGCACGUGUACCACCACACGACCAUGCCGAUGAUUGCUUGGGGAGCGGCCAAGUAUUUCCCAGGGGGUCACGGCACGUUCAUUGGACUUGUGAAUUCCUUCAUCCACAUCAUCAUGUACACGUAUUACAUGUUAGCGGCAUUCGGACCCAAAAUGCAACCAUACCUCUGGUGGAAAAAGUAUAUCACAACGCUACAACUUGGUCAAUUCCUAGCCACAUUCUUGCACUCCUGUCAACUGCUUAUCUACGACUGUGGAUAUCCGAGGUUCGCCAUGUACUUCGUCUUGCCGAACGCUGCCUUCUUCUUCUGGCUCUUCAGCGAUUUCUACAGGAAGGCCUACUCCAACUCCAAAGCCGGAAGCCGCCGAAAACCGAGCAAAGGGAGCGACACAGAAAACAAUAACGUCGAUAAGAACUGCAACACUAAGAAACCGGUCUACACCAACGGCACAGCCGAAAAAAUCGAGCUCAAUGGAAAAUCUCCAUUCCCAAAGCAAAAUGGCGUUACGCAUAGAGUCAAUGGUAACGGGAGUCUAAAAACUGAAUGAAAAUCAACGUCAAUGCGAUGCGAAACGCAUCUAAAUUUAGAUUCGCACGACAAAACAACUCAAAAUUGACCUGAUUCGGAGCAAUUUUUGUCAAGUUUGAUCGAUGUUUGGGCGUUUUGAGAGAUUUUUUCAAGUUUAACCAACCUCUCUGAGACAAGUCGUGUUUCCUCUGUACAGCUCCUGCCUCUCCCUUUAAGAUUUGGCUAAAAUGACGAUCUUUCAAGAAAAUUGUGAUUUUUUUAAUCGAACAAAAAAAAAAGUAACCGUCAGCGAUUAAAUCAAUAGGCUCUACUCCAAAGCCCAUAUCACACUAUCAAACUUUUUAUCCAACUCUUGGAUGCAACUUGUCGAAUGAAGAGUUGGAUAGUGUGAUACUGACGAGAAUAAACGACAAUUUGAUGAAAAAUUGAAUGGGAAGGUGGAACGAAACCUUCCGGCCGACGUGAGCCGAAGCUGUAUCUUCGCAAACCGCAGGCUGAUGACGCGACGUUAUCAAACUGCAACGGUAAUUAAAUCAAAUUUUUUUGCAUCCAACUUUUCGUUCAAUUAUGUCGAGUGAAAAGUUUGAUAGUGUGAAUGGGGCUCAAGAAACUUCACAACAAGUGCGAGUGACCUGUCGUAAAACUUAUGAGGAAAACAUAAGCUGAUUUUGCGAUAUGUAUAGGCUCUUUAGAGAUGUAUUAUGUAGAUUUUCCUUUGAUUGCAACGGUUAAAAUGAUGCCUCCUCUUUGCUUAGAUUUAUACCAUUGAAUGUACAUAAUUUUACAAAAAGGACGUCUAAAUUUUUCUCAAUGAUUGCCCAUCCAUAUUUGAUACGCAACAUAUGUAAUACAUUAGUGGCCCUAACUUCUGGUGUAUUUUCCGAUGCUUUUGUGACAAUGACUUCUGAUAAUCAUGUUAUUUGUAAGAGAAAAGCACUCCUGAAGGUAUCGACCAUCAGCAAGAAAAAAUUAGGGAGAAAUUAAUUCGUUAUUGAAAUUUAGGCUCCCUUUUUCUUAGUCAUUAGUUCAUUCUCAUUUUUCUGAUUUCUUUCUUGGUAUUCUUUACCUAAAGAUAAGUAGCAACACACUAAAUCAGAUCUGAAACAUUCAAUGCAUGCUCUCGAGUAGUGGAAUUGAGAGAGCACACUUUUGUGAUACCUUCGAGAAGAUUAAAAUUAUCUUCGUCGCAUUGGCGAUUCUCACGAAUUGGCAACACUGUUUUUCUCUAUCUUAAACCAUUACGAGUAAUAUAUUCUUCGGUGAGUUGGCUUCCUUCGAUAUGUACCGAUUGUUUUGGGGAAAGUCCAGUGUUGAAAACUCGCAAAGAUAUCCAUUGCCUCUGAUUAAUCAGAGAACCCGUGUACCUACUCCGAGUUCUUCAGAGGCACCUUAAGUGGCCGCAUUGGACUGCAUGCUGCAAUGCGAAACCGCUAUUUCUGGCUCAUCCAUAAAAGCACCUAUCUGCACAAAGAAACUAAGGACCUAUAUGCUCUUUCUCAAAUGAACUAGAAAUAGUGACUUUUUGCACCAUUUAUCCGAUGUCCACUUUAUGUAGGACUACCUAUAUUCAAUUCAAGACAAUGCCGGAGUUAAAUCCUUUUCUUUUUCUUUUUCCAUAACUUACUUAUUUUUUGUAAAUAGUUUGUAUCAAAUUAAUCGUUGUUAGUUAACCCUAAGACAACGUGAAAUAAUUUUAAUUUAAUUAUAGACUUUUAAAUUUAAAUUCGAUUUCGUCUUUAUUUAUGCAAAGUUGUUCAGAAUUGGUAAUGAAAUCUGUAUCAAUUAUUACUUUAUGAGAUAUUUGCAACAUAAACUUUAAAAAAA